AUGGGACGCCCCAAGAAAGAUGUAGAGUCGCAUAGAGAAUUCAUCCUGAGCCUUCAUGACCAAGGCACCGAGUACCAAGAGAUCCUACGAAUACUAUCCACUCAGCGCGGCCUCAGCAUCAGUCGUGAUGUGCUUAUGAAGAACCUACGGGCCUGGGAUAAGAGACGCUAUGAUGCACCACCCUGCAGAGACGAGAAGCUUCGCAAUAGUCUCAUUAUGUUCCUGUUUCUGAAGCAGAACGCAAAUGAUGAAGAGAUUUUGGUGGACCUGGAGUCUCGGGACCUGGCUGUGACUCCAAGGAAGCUCCGACGGUUGAGGAUAGACAUGGGGUUGAGAAGAAGACGCAAGUUGAAGGAUGCUCGGUUUCAAGAUGAGGAGAUUAUACGCAUCAUGAAGGAGCAUUUGAACGAGGGUGUCAUUGGUGACUGGGGCCUCACGCACCUCUACGCAUACUUCCGCCGCAAUAGUAUCAUUAUCUCAAGAGACGAUAUCAUGUACGGCUUGAGAGUGGUGGAUCCCGCCGGUGUUAAUCGUAGAUACCAGAAGAAACAGCAUAGAAGGAAGAAGUUUUUGGUAGAAGGACCCAAUGCUAUUUGGUCAAUUGACGCCCACUGCAAGCUAGAGAUCGUGGGCAUUCAGAUUUACGCCGUCAUUGAUGCAUACUCCCGCAAAAUCAUCUGGAUCUAUGUGGGGAUUUCCGCACGUACAGCUGUCAGUGUCGUUAAGCAAUUUCUGGAGUUCAUGGAAGAGCACAAGAUCAUGCCAGAUAGGUUUUGUUCACAUCGAGGUACUGAGACCAUUCUCAUUGCGGACGCAUUUCAUCAAUUAUGUGGAGCACAGGAAGACCGAUCAGAAGAGGACCGUGCUAUUGAUAGGUGUUGGAUGUUUGGCAAAAGCACCGCUAAUCAACGCAUUGAAGCAUGGUGGAUGCAAUUACAGUCCUCCAUGCUAAAUCGCUGGGUAAUCUUCUUCGAUCUACUGAAGGAGGAAAAGCAUUUCAAAAAGGAUAAGCUUGCAGAUAUGAUCGCUGUGUAG